CGGCUGUCACAACAACAACAACUCGCCAUUUCAGAGUCAGGCCCGGGCUCAAGUGUCAAGUGUCAGUUGUCGGAUCUCCCCUGCUAACAGCUAGUAAGCUAGCUGAGUGUAAACAAAGGAUGAAGCGGAUUAAAGGAGGAGAGGAGGACAGCAACAGCUCCUCCAGUGAGAGCCCAGCGGAGGCUUGCAAGAAGGUGCGGACGCAGCCGAGCGAGGAGUCCGAGGCAGAGGCAGCGUUGGACUGUGAGUCACCAGAGAGCGACUGGGCGCGACUGCCUCAGGAGCUCCUGCUUCACAUCUUCCAGUACCUUCCACUGCUGGAUCGGGCUUACGCCUCUCAGGUGUGCCGCCGCUGGAACCAGGCUUUCCACAUGCCCGAGCUGUGGAGAUGCUUUGAGUUUGAGCUGAACCAGCCAGCAAGCUCUUACCUGAAAGCCACACACCCGGACCUCAUCAAGCAGAUCAUAAAGAGGCACUCCAACCACCUGCAGUAUGUCAGCUUCAAGGUGGACAGCAGUACAGAGUCUGCAGAAGCAGCAUGCGACAUCCUCUCCCAGUUGGUGAAUUGCUCACUGAAGACCUUGGGGCUAAUUUCUACUGCCAGGCCCAGUUUCAUGGAGGUUCCAAAGUCUCACUUCAUCUCAGCUCUGACUGUGGUGUUUGUCAACUCCAAAUCGCUGUCGUCGCUGAAGAUUGACGACACGCCGGUGGACGACCCGUCUCUGAAGGUGCUGGUGGCCAACAACAGUGACACCCUGAAACUGCUGAAGAUGAGCAGCUGCCCUCACGUCUCCCCAGCAGGGAUUCUGUGUGUGGCAGACCAGUGUCACGGCCUGAGAGAGCUGGCUCUAAACUACCACCUCCUGAGUGAUGAACUCCUGCUGGCCCUCUCCUCUGAGAAACACGUCCACCUGGAACAUUUGCGUAUCGACGUGGUGAGUGAGAACCCCGGCCAGCACUUCCACACCAUCAAGAAGAGCAGCUGGGACGCCAUGGUGCGCCACUCGCCCAAAUUCAACCUGGUCAUGUACUUCUUCCUCUACGAGGACGAGUUCGGCCCUUUCUUCAAUGAGGAGGUGCCGGUCACGCACCUCUACUUCGGCCGCUCGGUCAGCAAGGAGGUCCUGGGCCGCGUGGGCCUCCACUGCCCCCGUCUGGUGGAGUUGGUGGUGUGCGCCAACGGCCUGCGUCCUCUGGAUGAGGAGCUGAUCCGCAUCGCCAAGCACUGCACCCAGCUGUCGGCCAUCGGCCUGGGCGAGUGCGAAGUCUCCUGCAGCGCGUUUGUGGAGUUUGUCAAGAUGUGCGGUCGGAGGCUCUCCCAGCUGUCCAUCAUGGAGGAGGUGCUGAUUCCAGAUCACAAAUACUCCCUGGAUGAGAUCCACUGGGAGGUCUCCAAGCACCUGGGCCGGGUCUGGUUCCCAGACAUGAUGCCGACCUGGUAAAGUGAAGCCAAAGAGGCACUCAGUACGUCUAGUUUGUGGUGUGGAACAUUGAUGGCCUCCGUGUUUGCAUAGAAAAGCCUUUAAACGCUCAGCUGUAGUGGAAUGUUUGGUGCCAACAUGGAGAGCGUAAACUAGCUGAACUCCUGUGUAGAGAACAGUGCAGGGAUGUAAUGUGGCACCUGACUGCUAUACAUUGUUACAAGUCAUGCAAACACCACAAAAACCCUCUGCCUGUUAGCUUCUGUGGAAUCCCCCUUUGCUUUAUCUGGAGCUAGAACUCGCCAGGCCGACUUCUUCUCAUAUUAAACAAUCAUGUUUAUACAACUGCAAAUUGAGUUGUAUGAACGUUGUAGCCUGGUUAUGAUAGUCUACAUUAUGGGAGAUGUCAGUGUGUCUGUGUAUGUAUGGAUAUGUGAGUGUGUAUGUGUGAACAUUGUGGAGUAAUUUGGGAAGAUUAGGUGCUCUAUUGCAUGUUGUUACAUUACCACUUGGCCUACUUAAAUCCAGUCUGAGAUAGCAGCCCUGCACUCUGACAAACUAUGGCAUUAGAGGUUUCCAAACGGAUGUGUUGUUAUUUGUACAUAGUAUAUGACAGAAGGUGUUAUUUCAGGUGUAGGCGAGGGGGAGGGUUCACUUAAUUUUGCAGAAGAGUGGCUGGGUCCCACACCUCCAUUUUAAACUAAUUUAUUAAUAAAGAGCAGCAGUAGCGUUGUCGAACAUCUUGCUUUUCCUCCUCGUCCCGAGUUCUUAUCAUGCAUGAAAACACGAUUGGUGAAAAUGUUAGAAGUUGGCCUGGGAAGAAACAGAAGUGAUUGUAUAUAUAGAUCUCUAUCUUUGUGACGUGAAGGUGUGCAGUGUUGAUUGCAGUAAUGCAGUCAUGCAUUUUAUUUUAUUUUUUAAUUAUUCAGAUUUCAUUUUUGUUUUCCUGCAUCAAUUGGCUUGACAAGUACACCUCUGGGUUUUGUUUUAAAGAAGGUUUCUGUGCAGACAUAGAUUCCCUAAGCACCUUACAUGAAUACCAAAAUGAUGCCCUAAUGAAAGCAAGGAAACUAACUUUAUUAUGCUCCAAUUUGUAUUAGGUGGACCCAGAUUCUAAUUAUUAUUUACACUGUACCGGGGUUCUGUUGAAUCAGAAAGGACAGUGUAUCAAAGUAAUAAAGGUAUAAUUACUGAUUAAUAUAUAUAUAUAAUAAUAUAUAAUUUAUAUUUAUACAUAGCGCACAAAUGUAGUAGAAAAUGGUGAGAUUGCUUCGUAAUAAUUCAACAGACUUUUCUCUGCGGCUAUUAGUUUACAAUGCAUGCUGGGAAUGCAAAACUUAACCCUUUGUGUCUCUCGGGUGCAUUGAAUGAAUAUAUAUUUUCCUAAAUAGGUUUAAUUUAUAUCUUCUGCUAUUUGCCUGUUCAAGCUCUAGACCUUAACUCUUACAUGUGAGUAUCUGCCCUCCUGUUAGCCCACAUGUGCUCUGUAUCAGGUCAUCACAAUGUACAUGCAGGAAACCAAGCAGUGUUCAUCUUUUCAUUAGAACUCUGUCUUACCAGAUGUAAAACACCAGUUCAUUUUCAGUUUGGAAGAGAUUUUGCAAGUCAGAUGAGUGGAACUAACUUUUUUUUCCCUUUAAGAAGGAAGACGAAUGCAUCUGUAUAUAAAACGCUGUGAAAAUUAUGAAUAGAAAUGUACCUAUUUCUUUAUUUCGCCCAUUGUCAGGGUUUAAAGUUUCCUUAACUAACGGCUGGUGUCUUUUUAUAAAACCAGAGUGUGAGUCAUCCUUUACUAGAUGGAUAUUUUUCAUACUUCAGAACAUACACUAGGAGAAGAUAAGCCGUGUAAUUUAUUGAUAUGGAUACCGCUUUUGGUAUUACUUUGUGUUUUUCGGUUAUACAAAGAAGCAAUCAUUAGAACCAGCAAGCAGACCAGCAGCAAGAGUAGUUGUUUUUUAUUCUUUUGGGGGGGGUUGGACACUUCACCUCUGUCACUCUGAUUUGUUAAUAAGAUGAUUCCUUUUGCAUGAUCUGAAUCCUACACUUACUAUGAUGACUCAGGAUUUAAAAAGAAAAGCUGAAAUUAUAUAGAUUGUAAAAAUCUGCACAAACAGGGAGGUCAACCAAAUAAUGAAAGAUUCCUAGCUGGAGUCUAAAUCCAGCCAUUGAAAGUUUCAUGAAGAGAUAUAAUUGGACAGAAUAUGUAUUUUCAUAAAAAGUUGAAGAAGUUAUCAGUAGUGGACAACGCUGCAUGUCAAUAGAUCCGUAGAUAACCCCAGCUUUGAUUUAGUUUUUCUGCCAGACUUCAUUCCUUUUUUCCAUGUCGUAUUUCAUGUAACUGAAACACUAAUGUAGACUAAAACUGGGACACUUGUUGCAGGAUGUGCAAACGCUUCUUAGACACCUGUGCUGAUUGUCUGUGUGCAGUAGCAUCUCAAUGGUACAGUCGCAUAUCUCCAGACUUGUUUUUCAUAAUUUGUGCAGUGCAUUAAACGUCUGCCGUGACAGCAGCUCUAAAGUGAAGGUGUUGUGUUUCAAUACUGUACUGGUUUUAAUCAUUUUCCCUGUCGUUCUUUAUCGGCUUUUAUUGCAAAUGUCAGUUGGAUGAGUUAAACAUGUUUCAUUUGAUACAGAUAAACAUUAUGAUGUUUUGUCAGUUAUUAUUUGAUCCUCAUUUGUUCAGAGAGUCCUCCAGUGAGUUGUGUUAGGAGUAAACUGGUGUUGAUGAUGCUGUCAUUGUAGUUUUGCUUCUGUAUGACAAAUGCUUGUCUACUUUGAAUAACUGGUCACCUGUCUUGAAAUUUAAAUUGUUUUGGACAUGUGAUCUUGUACUGGUAAUAAAAACAUUGUGAAUGUACUCUUCUGUUAUUUUAUUAUUUUUAAAACACAGCAGUCAUUAUACUUAUUUAAAUGAAAUGCACAAGUAGGCUCCAUGAAAUAGGGCAAAUUGAGGAAAAAAAAGAAACAAUUUAAACAAAUAUUUAAAGAAAAUUUAAAAG